AGCCCACGAAUGUCACGACGCAAUCCUGGGUUCCCAGAAGACGAUUCCAUAUGGAUUCCUCACAUAUCGUUCCGCGGCAACACGAUUACGAAAUGAAACGUUAGACAGGGGUUGACCUAUUUUCGACAACACACAGCUAAUUCAACGACUUUUCCUUUCCCCCUUUUUCCCCCCCAUCCUUUCUAUCCGAUUGGACGUUGGUCCAGUAAAUACAUACGGCAUCGUAGCGAUGAGAGCAGAUUCUUCUCGACUUCUGGUAAUAGCAGCAUUGACUUGGGCGACCUCUGUUUUCUCUCCCGAUAAGAGAACCCACAGCCGGGGUUGGAAAGUAGACGAUUUUGCCGAAAGAUUGGCAUCUCGGUUCGCUCGGGCAUGUCUAUGGCACAGGGCUCCGUCAUAUUUGGACGGUAGGCGUGGGUAUUCAACGUUCCUUGGCCAUAUUCGGCGAAGCUGGAAGUUGGAUGUGUAUAAAAGUGGAUCGCCUAGCACGGCCUUUUCCUUCUUUUUUUUUCUUUUCUUUUGUGCCUUUCCUUUACGACCGAACAAUAUUUUUAUUUUGGGCCGAGUCACAAGAACGGCCACGUUGAAGGGAUUUCAAGUAACGAGCAUAGACAGGAGCCGGAGGAGACUAAUCCGGCAAUACAAAGAUGGGCAAGGUUACUGCAUGGUCGUGGACGACAACAAAGGCUCAUGCUCAGACCGCAGAAGUGUUUCUUCAGACAGGGAAUUUUGGCUUUCGAUAAUUUUUAGUUUCCUGGCGACGGGUGAAGGGCCGCAAGGAGCGGCCUGGACGGGGUUGAGGAGAAGAGAAACGAGUAAAAGUUGGAAGGGAUAGGCAAGUAGGCAGCCCCUUAGGGCGUUCAAUUGAACGCAAUGGAAGUCAGACGCGCAUACAAAACUCGAUUUUGAAACUUGUGACUUUUUCGGUUCCAAAGUGGAAGUGGCUGG